AUGGACCAGGGGCUCAUUCGACAUGUUGGGCACGUUGGAGACGAGCUGAUACAAGGGCUCAAGGACAUCAUUGUUUAUGAUGUGGCUGGGAAAUGGGUGACACCGGGAAUCAUUGACAUGCAUUCGCAUAUCGGCGUCCUCAGUCUUCCUAUUCUCGAGGGAUCAGACGAUACUAACUCCAUGAACGGACUAAUCCAGCCCUGGCUUCGUAGCCUUGACGGGUUAAACACGCACGACGACUCAUAUCGCCUUUCAAUUGCAGGAGGGUUGACUACUUCCCUUGUUCUUCCAGGAUCUUCGAAUGCAAUUGGCGGCCAAGCUUUCGUCAUAAAGUUGCGGUCGACUCACGAGCGCACCCCAUCGUCUAUGGCUUUGGAACUGCCAUUCGCGGAAAACGGCACAGUACUCGACGCUAACUCCCCUCCAAGAUGGAGGUAUAUGAAGCAUGCAUUCGGAGAGAAUCCGAAAACUGCAUACGGCAAUACUCGCAUGGAUAAUAUAUGGGCACUACGUGAAGCCUAUGAAACUGCCAGGAAAGUUAAAGAGCAGCAGGAUGACUUUUGUUCAAGAGUCCUAGAUGAUAGUUGGCGAGGUAUCGGCCAAUUCCCUGAAGAUUUCCGCUGGGAGGCUCUGGUCGAUGUUUUGCGUGGAAGAGUCAAGGUACAUGCGCAUUGCUACGAAGCACUCGACCUAGAGGCAUUGGUCAGACUUACAAACGAGUUCAAGUUCCCGCUAGCUGCGUUUCAUCACGCUCAUGAAGCAUAUCUUGUUCCCGAUUUGCUCAAACAAACUUAUGGUGGCGCUCCCGCGAUCGCCUUGUUUGCUAUCAAUGCAAGGUACAAACGAGAGGCGUACAGAGGGUCACAAUACGCUCCUCGAGUUCUAGUUGACAAUGGUCUGGACGUAGUUAUGAAGAGCGAUCAUCCGGUUAUGAACUCGCGGUACCUUGUUCACGAGGCACAGCAGGCUCAUUUCUACGGUUUAGAUGAUGAUUUAGCACUGGCCUCUGUUACAUCAACUCCUGCCAAAGUUCUUGGUCUCGAUCACAGAAUCGGAUAUCUUCGGCCAGGGUAUGAUGCUGAUCUUGUCCUGUGGGAUGGCCACCCCCUCGCCCUUGGUGCUACUCCUCUGCAAGUCUGGAUUGAUGGCCUUCCCCAACUUAAUUCCAACGACACGUACCUCCAAGGACCAUCUAAGGCAGAAGCGCCCAUAACACCCAAUUUCGACAACGAAGUGAUGCUAGCGGCUGUCAACGAUGGGCUUCCACCAUUAAAUCCCAGAAAGCCGCACACAGAUUCAGUAGUGUUUUCAAACAUCAGCACUAUACUCGUAAGGCGUCAGCAAACGAUUGAAGAACUGUAUUCUGCCACAAUCGCCAGCGGCCCCGGAUAUCUUGUAGUCGACAAGAACGGGGCUAUAGUCUGUCAGGGCUCGUGGAUAAUAUGCUCUGACGAUCUUGUGUCCACGACAGACACCGAGUGGAUCGAUUUGCAAGGCGGAUCUAUAGUACCUGGUCUCACGACAUUCGGGUCAGCCCUUGGCCUCCAAGACAUCCUAGACGAACCUACGACGAAUGAUGGUUCUGUUGCCGAUGUGUUCGAUGUGGUCCCUUCAAUCCUCGGCAAAAUUGGUGCAGCCAGAGCAGUUGAUGGGCUUCAAUUCGGCACGCGGGAUGCUUUGCUUGCGUACCGUGCGGGAGUCACUGCCGCUGUUGUGGCCCCUCGUGGCGAAGGACUUCUCUCUGGUCAUGCGGCUGCUUUUGCGACGGGGGCUUCUCAUAGGCUCGAGACCGGUGCUGUCUUAUAUACAUCGGCAGGGGUGCAUGUUAGCGUUCGGCACUACGACUCUGGACCAAGUGUGAGCACGCAAGUCGGUGUGCUUCGCUCGCUGCUGCUCCAGACACACGCCGAAUCAGAAACCUUCGUUGAUGUCUUGAAGGGGAAGACACCCCUGGUAGUGAAAGUGGACAAUGCAGAUAUCAUUGCCACACUCAUUGAGCUCAAACGAGAGGUUGAAGAGGAGACGCGGGUUUCUCUCCAAGUGACCAUAGUUGGUGCAGCGGAAGCACAUAUUCUAGCUGAUGAACUUGCCGCCGCAAACAUUGGGGUCAUUGUCACCUCUCCACGUCCCUUCCCGCUUGACUGGGAGUCCAAAAGAACAGCUGGCGUGAUGGUGGGCAUUGGAGUCAAGCAUCAGGCCUUCGCUGGAAACACGCGUUUCGACUUGGGUUGGUCCUGGCUGGAAGAUCAAGAGUAUAUUUCCCAUCUCGACGCUCUGGCCAUGGCAACUGUGAACAUCGAGCGCCUCUUGGGCGUUGAGAGUGACUCAGCUCAGGACGACGUACUCGCGGUGCGAGGCGGGUCCCUGCUCGACUUCUCUGGGAAAGUCGUUGGCAUCUUCUCAUCACGCCGUGGUGCAGUAGACCUCCUGUAA